AUGCCAUCAUCUCUGUUCGACAAGCCGCGUUGUGUCGUAGCAGAAGAACUUGUGAAAGACAUGGCCAACCGCCCUAAGUGUCACUUGACCGAAAACCUCUUAGUCCUGCUGUCUUACACUGCAACGAUAGUAGCAGUGUGUACUCUGCCGCAGCCAGUGCAUGCUUCAGCACCAAUUUUUGCUGUAAACAAACUAUGCAUUGGUCCCAACUACAUUGUACAGGCAUGUUUCAGUGGCAGUAUAUCCCUAGUAGCUGUCCCUGGUGCGAAGAACAAGAACGCAAGGGCGCUCCUCCUUAACAGUCAAGACCUAUCUGGGCCACUUCCCACGGGCCUCGGUUUCUCCAACUUGAGCUACCUCGCUCUCGCCAACAACAAACUCACCGGGCCAAUCCCACCAUCGAUCGGACACCUGCACGACUCCGUCCUCGAGGUAGUACUCCUGAACAACCAGCUCUCCGGCUGCCUCCCCCAUGAGCUCGGCAUGCUCACCAAGGCAUCCGUGAUCGACGCCGGCAUGAACCAGCUCACCGGCCCAAUCCCUACUUCAUUUUCUUGCCUUAGCAGAGUCGAGCAGCUCAACCUGGCUGGGAAUCGCCUUUAUGGACGUGUUCCGGAUGCUCUCUGCAAGCUCGCUGGACCAGCAGGCCGCCUCGCCAACCUCACGCUGCGUGGCAACUACUUCACCUCGGUCGGCCCGGCGUGCGCAGCACUAAUCAAAGACGGUGUGCUGGAUGUGAGGAACAACUGCAUUCCUGGCUUUUACAAACAGAGGCGGCCGGCGGAGUGCGUGGCAUUCCAGAGUCAUCGAAAAAAGUGCCCGGAGAUGAGCACACAAGUUUUAUGCCCUGCCGCAGCUGCCAUGAAUGCGGCAACGCUUGGGAAGAGGAGGGCAAGGGACUACUCCAGCUACGUGACGUACGCUACUCUGCAUGAGUGA